AUGCAGAAGUCCCACGCUGCUUCCAGUUCCUCUAGCGGCAAUGGCAAGCAGGCCAUGUCCCCGGAAAGUCACCUGGCANAGUCACCCAGCAAGUUGCCCUUGAAACCUAUCUAUCGCCAACUUCCACCUAUCCCGCUCUGCAAGUGCCGUGAUCGUGUGGAAGAGUCGACUNUUUCACAGGGCGAGAGACUCGAGUGGCCUCUUCUUCGCGAAAAGAUCCUGCGUGUCUUCNCUCGUUCCUCCAACCCCAUCAUUCCUUGCGAAUGGGGUCAAAAACUUGUCAGAGAAGGUGCCGACGGUCGUACUUGGGAGCUUCACUACCUGGAACUCAAGGAGUGUAUCACCGCACCCUCCUACAUGCCUGUUGCACCUCAUGCUUUACCACAAGUGCUGUUGCGUGGAGAAAGCGCAACCAGGAUGUCGGAUGCAUUGGAGAGCGUGAUGAACAUCUUGGAUCAGAUGCCCUAUGACUGGAGAUAUGAUACCGACACCAAGCUUCCCAUUCAUGCUGAGGAGUUUCCUGCAUUUGAGAUCGACUGCUCUAUGUGUGGGCUUCCUCGCAAAGACCCGAGAUACUUGCCACCCAAGCCUCAGACCAGCCACAAGCUCAACCUCAAGCGCUGA